CGGCAAGCAGAACCCGACACCAGGACGAUAACAUCUUCCACCGGGCGAGAUCAGAACCGCCGCCACACAGCCAGCACAGACAGCACACGCCCUUCAACCCACAGUCAGGCGUCUACAUGGCCAGGGUCACGCACAACGGCCAGGUGGAUGUGACCAACGCCUCCUCCUUCACUUACGACAGCCUUGGGGGCCACAGACCUUAUCACCUGGGCCCGAAUGACGAUUUCCAGGAUAUUCAGUUCAAGCAGCAGCCGCAUAGGACUUGGACAGCAGGACCGAGGUUGGAUUAUGAUGACGAUACUACCACGAGAGAUCCUGCCAUCCCUGAGAAUCCUGAGGGCCUGAAGGAUCCCUCUCUCUUAGUUGGACCGUGGGAGGAACAGCCGACCGUGAGAGUGACGAAUGCGGUGUUCAAGGGCGUGAACGGCAGUGUGGUGGGAGCUCAGGCCGGCACCAUCGCUAAGCUCCCAUGCGUCAUUCAGAACCGGGCGGACCACGAGACGGUGUCGUGGAUUCGCCUGCGCGACCACCACCUCAUCACCGUGGGCCGCCAGACGUACAGCAAGGACGCGAGGUUCUCCGUCAACUAUGACAGACACCGCAACGAGUGGACCCUUCACCUACGGUACGCCCAGGCCAGGGACGCCGGGGAGUACGUGUGUCAGCUGUCCACCCAUCCCCCCAUGGUGUUCAUCUCCACCCUCACCAUCACCCAGGCCUCGGCAGAAAUCGCAGGCGGGCCGGAGCGAUACGUGCAAGAGGGCAGCUCCGUCGUGUUGAACUGUUCCCUGCGCCAACACACUCAGCCGCCCGAGUACGUCUUCUGGUACCACAACAGAACCAUGAUCAACUUCGACACAAAUAGACAGGUGUCCGUGAGGAAGACGAUGGACGGGAGUAUCUUGACCCUCGCCGCGGUGGGACGGACAGACUCAGGCAACUACACGUGUCAUCCAGCCCACGCCCGCCACGCAUCCAUCACGCUCCACAUCAUAGCAGGUGACGCCCCCGCCGCCAUGCAGGUAUCCGCCACGCCCCCAGCCCUGCCCAGCCUCCCCCUACUGUUCCCCUGCCUGCUGCUCCCCCUGCUGGCUACUAAGGGGGUCCAGGGUUCGAUCCCCCUCACAAGACUAACGUGAUAAGCAUAUGCAUAACACGUGUAUAGUCCCUUUAAAUGUCUGCUUUAUAUGUAUUCUCUAAGGGAUUAAGGUUUGACCCCCUGAAGUUUGUGUGUGAAAUGGCGCUCCCUACUCUCCCUUCCCUCUCCCUUUCUCGUCUCCCUUUAUUGGUGUGAACUUUUUAAUCUCCCUCCCUUUUUCUCUCUCCCUUUGUCGGGUUUUGUGUGUCCAAGGUAUGGGUUAAGGCUCUCUCUCUUUUCGCUCUCUUUUUUUUUCUUUUUUUUCUCUCUCUCAAAUGGAGGUAAUGGUUUUUUUUGUGUGUGUGUCAGUUUGUG